AUGUCGAACAUUCCGAUUUAUUCAUCCGACCCCAAUCCACACACCUCCCCAAAAAGGAAAGAAACAACAGCCAACACAGCAAAAACAUUCCCACUCUUCAACUUCCUCCCCGCCGAACUACGCCACCAAAUUUGGCAAUUCGCCCUCCCCGAACCCACACACCCUCCCUCGGCCUUAAUCCCCCACAGAAAAGGUUGCUGGGUGGCCAAACCCAUCCCCUACACAGGAGAAGCAGGCCAAGUCAACGACCCCGACGGCAACUACGAGAUAGUAUUCGACAUGAGCCUUCUGGACCACGUACAGAUUCAUACCCCCUUACUACACGUGAACAGCGAAUCGCGAGCCAUUGCACAGAAAUGGGCGCAGCGUAUAUCAGCUCCACGAACGAACCGUCUCAACGAACAACAACAAACCCAGGCUCAAACGUACAAUGACGAUAAUAGUAGCGAAUAUAUACCCCCCUUCUCCCGCCAAUUCGACAUCGACAGAGACAUUCUCUACCUCGUCCCCGACAACAUCGUCGACUUGAUCCUCGGGGCAGGGGACCGUCUUGAGCAGCCAGACAUGAAUGGCAAGGCAGCAAGAGUGGUGUUCUCGUUACCGUUGGUGGUGGUGAGUGAAGAGGUUAUCUGGCUUGAGGAUGAGGCGCUUGUGGAGGAAAUCAUGGAGCUGUUUUCGAUCAUGGGACCGGUUUAUAUUAUGGUGGGGGAGCAGCUGAAGUGGAAGGAGGGUGGGGUGCAGAGGUGGUGGGAUGUGGAGUUGGUGUCGAGGAGGGCGUUUGUUUGGCAGUGGAUGGAGAGUCGGUUUGUGGAAACAGUCGAAGAGAGGUUUGGGAGUGAUGAGGUGCAUGAGAGGAUUGUGCAAUGGUGUGAGUGGAUGGGGAGGGUGUUGACGAAAAUUAAUAGAACGAGGUUUGAAAUGGGGGUUGUGAGAAAAAUGUCCCAAAUCCUCAUCACCGGCGGCACCGGCUUCCUCGCCAGCACACUAAUCGACAUCCUACUCUCCCGAGGCCACAACAUAAUCACGACCGUGCGGAGCGCUGAAAAAGCCUCGCAGGUACAAUCCAUCCGACCUGACAUCCCGCCCCACCGACUUAUAAUAAAAAUCGUCCCGGACAUCUCCCUCCUCUCGGCAUUCGACUCCGCCGUGGUCAAUGACCCUCCACUCACCGGUGUAAUUCACACGGCGAGUCCAUUCCACUACAGCAUCGACAAUAUCAAGACGGACAUGUUAGAUCCAGCUGUCAAUGGCACCAUCGGGAUAUUAAGUUCCGUGCAGAAGUACGCACCUACGGUGAAGAAAGUGGUGUUUACGUCGUCGUUCGCGGCGAUGUGGAAUCCCCAUAAACCUGCGGGGAGCAAGUACUCCGAGAAGGAUUGGAAUAACGUGUCCUGGGAAGAGGCGGUUAGUAGUCCUGCGAAUGCGCAGGGACAGGCUGGGUACCGGACGAGUAAGGCGCUGGCGGAGCGGGAAGCGUGGGGGUUUAUGGAGCGGGAGAAGCCGAAUUUUGGGUUGACGGUGAUGAAUCCGUCGUUGAUAUUCGGGCCGGUUGUGCCUGGGUCUUUGAGGAAUCUGGGGGAGGUGAAUACGUCGAAUACGAGGAUUAGGGAUUUCGUGGCGGGGAAGUUUAGGGAGAAGUGUCCGGCGACGGGGAGUGCGUUUUGGGUGGAUGUGAGGGAUGCGGCGAUGGCGCAUGCGGUGGCGUUGGAGAGGGGGGAGGUGACGGAUGGGAAGAGGUAUUGUUUGACGGCUGGGGGGUUUUGUAAUAGGGAGAUUGUGGAAGUUCUGGGGGAGGAGUUUCCCGAGGUUAAGGGGGGGUUGCCGGAGGGGGAGGAGGCGUUGAGGGAUGGGGAGUAUCCGGAGGGUGGGCCGAAGUAUGGGUUUGAUAAUUCGGCGUCGGUGGGCGAUUUGGGGCUGGUUUAUCGCGGGUUGAGGGAGAGUGUGAGGGAUACGGUGGUGAGUUUGAGGGGGGUUCCUGAGUAG